AUGGUUCAUGAAAAGGAAGUGAAUAUAAAGGAGGGGCAAGGAGUGGACGUUCCACUAAAGAAAUAUGUUCCUCCUUCACCAUUUGUUCCAAAGAUUCCCUUUCCACAACGAUUGAAGAAGCAAUUCAAUGAAGUGAGAAUAGAGAAGGAAAAUGGAGGAGAUAUACCAACAAAGAAAUAUGUUCCACUACCAUUUGUUCCAAAGAUUCCAUUCCCACAACGAUUGAAAAAGGAACAGGAUGAUCAACAAUUUGCAAACUUCUUGGACAAGGUCAAGAAGUUACAAAUACACUUAUUUCCGGCAGAAGCAUUGGAGCAAAUGCUUAAGUACGCAAAGUUUCUCAAGGACAUUCUGACAAACAAUAGUAAAUGGAAGGAUAAUGGCACAAUAUUGUUAACAGAAAACUGUAGCUCCAUCAUUUUUAAGAAAAUUCCAACUAAGUUGAAAGAUUCGGGAAGUUUUUCUUUUCCUUGUGUAGUUGGUGAUAUGGAAUUUUGUAAGUGCUUAUGCGAUCUAGGAGCUAGCAUUAAUUUAACGUCGUUAUCUGUCAUUAAGAGUCUUGGCUUAGGUGAAGUGAAGGAAACAUCAAUGCUACUUCAAUUGGUGGAUCAAUCCAUUAAGCGACCAUAUGAUAUCAUAGAAGGUGUACUUGUGAAAGUUGAUAAGUUUAUAUUUUCCGCUAAUUUUGUGGUUUUGGAUUUUGAGGUCGAUAAUUAA